AUGGCUGUACCCGGCGGCGGGCUGUACACGCUCCCGAGCGCCGUCCAGCGAGGCAGAGGAAGACGACUAGACGACUGCCUGUCGGACUGCAGACCUCAGGCCAUCACUGGUGGCGGAGAAUCGGAAGAAAACGGCGAAGCCAAUGGAACCGUGGCCAACCCUAGGUCGAGCUCAGCAUAUUCGGGCGUUUGCAAGGCAGGACCAUCGGGGUUGCGGUCGCUAUUUAUUGAACCGAACGCGCGCGUGCGCCCGGCAGGCAAAGACCUGGUUCUGCGGGCAGCGGCUAUUACAGGAUCAACGAGUUGGCUGGUCACGAUGGAACCCACGCGACGCCCUCAGCGGCAACGCAGAGUCCCAUCCCGAUUCCUUGAAGAUGGUGAGACGCCGGUUGUUCCCAAGGAGGCGGCUGCCGCCGAGCUGCUCAGAAGCGCCCGACCAUCAGGAAGACCGGAGAAGAGCAGCAAGCGCCGGAGAGGUGCAGCUAAGAAAGCGAGUGGGGGCCAAGGAACCCGCAGCCCUGUGGUACCCCAGAGCUUUACUGGCCCUCUGGUAGUGGACGUGGCCAGUGUUGCAGGCGGGGCCUCAAGUGGCGAGCCCCAGCUGGACGUGCUUGCCGGCCAGGGAGGUGCAGCCAGAGCGCAGGCUGCGCCAGAGGCACGCAAGACAGCACCCUUGAAUGGCCACGGUGCCAAGCAGGGUGGAACAUCGUCGGAUGACUCAGACGUGAUGAUCGUAGAGCCGGCGCCACCUGGCAUGGUCAAGGUAGGGGAGCAGCAAGAGACAAGUUCCAUGUCACCCCCGCCACCUCACCCCGGAGCUCAGAACAGGUGCACUCCGCAUGACCCCCCCGCCCGCACAUCCUCCCCGGGGCCCAUUCCCCCGGCGCCUGCCUCUGCAGUGCCCGUGGCAACAGAGGCUCCAGCACCAGUGGCUUCACCGCCAUCACUGCCCGCAUCGACGCCUCCACGCAGUGCAAAUCCUAUCUCCCGGCAAGCAGCGCAGAGCACUUCACAUGAAGCCCAGCACGCAGCGAGGUUGGGUGCACCCGGCGAGCAGCCUGCCUCCCCGCUGCCUGUGGGCCCUUCCGCCAGCCCCUCCACUGGCGCGGGCCCUGUACCGGAUGUGUUUCAGCCCCUCUUCCAGAGAGAGGCCACCCCGCCCCGUCCCGACUUCUCAGCUGGCAAUGAUGACGCCUCUGACUCCGACAGCGAUGGCUUUGACAUUCUGGCCCCACGUGGCCGCAAGGGGAAAAAGGCUGCGGUGCGGCCAUCUCAUCGCGGGGGUCGGCUGGACACGUCGGCCUCCCCUGCUGGCAGCAGCCCGGACGGCAGCGUGCAUGGCACACCGGCGCGGCGCAGCGGCGGCACCCACGAUACUAGCUGGCUCAAGCCGCCUUCACCAGAGUUGACAGUGCGUGGAGCCAGGAACUGCGCAGUCCCAGAGAGCGCCACCCUGCUCCGGCUGAGGCAGCAGCGCGCGGAGCUGCUGGCCCUGGCGCGGGGGGCCAGCCUGGCCCCGGACCGCAUCCAGGCGCAGUCGACAGCGGAGGCCCUCGAGAGGGAGCUCCAGAGAGACGCUGCGCAGAGGGAAGCGCAGGCGGCAGUGCUACGAGCGAAGGCGGCUCCCAACGAGAGCGACGACGAGGAGGGGGUGGCGGGUGGGGCCGCGCGCGAGCAGGGCGGCGGCGCGCAGAGUGUCCUGGUCAAGGUCCGGGCCAGCGACGGCUCGCAGGAGCGCUUCAAAGUGCGAUGCGGCGACCCCUUAGAGAAGCUGUUCCGGGCGUAUGUCAAGAAGGUACACCCGGGGGCAAGCCCAGCAGGCGCGGCCUUCAGCUUUGUUUUCGAUGGGGAUCCAAUCGACGGCAAGUCUACGCCAGAAGACCUCGGACUAGAGGACGAUGACAUGAUUGAGGUUGUGCAAUCGAAGUAACGUCCCGUUAAUCUGACUCGACAACGUUUGUUGCUGCGGUUGCAUUUACGCAAGGCGGUUGUCAACGGCACACCUAUCUUGGUUGCGCUUCUUGCAAUGCAACCUUUGGCACUGACAAAUAUCUGCUAAGUCAGUCGGUACGAUAGUCUCUCCGGUAUCGCGACAAUGCCGCACAGUUUGAAUAGAUGUACAGCAGUAAUCUAAUGAUCGAGCA